GGCCAAACCAACAUAAGCAUCGGACAGUAUGCUGAAGAGGGUGCCUACAAUGCCGGAUUUGUCUCAGAUAAGCAUGAAGUCUUCCCAACCGACAAAUCCAACAUCCAAGUCCGCCGAUCUUCGAGGUCAACUGAGCCGAACUCAGAGCAUCCAGACUCAUGCAAUGAGGUUCAAGCCUCGACAUUUAUGGAUUCUGUCGAUCUGGAGGCAGUAGAUAAAGGAGAAUUGGAAGGUGAGUCUUCUGGAUAUCAUAGAUAA